AUGCUCUCCACCAGAAUAUCCCGAAGGCUACCGCGGGUGUUCCCUCGUCCAGAUAAAUUGAUACAAUCCCGAACGCUUACGAUACAGUCCAAAGUCGCUGGACCGCUUGAACCGCCGCUCAUAUACGAUACAUGCCAUGGAUAUCUAAGUAAGAUUGUUUCAAAGCAUGGCGAUAGAACCGCUGUCGUCUCCUCCCACCAAUCCAUCCGCCUGACCUACAACGACCUUGAUAUCGCCUCGACCCGUCUCGCCCACGGUCUAGCCUCUCUAGGCGUGAAGCAAGGUUCCCGCGUCACCGUCUCAUUAGGCAACACCGCUGAAUUUGCAAUUCUUCAUUACGCCGUCUUUAAACUCGGUGCCAUAUUAGUGCCUCUAAAUCCAGCAUUUACUAGUUCUCAAGUAAAGUCGGCAUUAAACCAUUUGGAAAGCGAGCAUUUCAUUAUUUCGGCGGAGACAAACUUGCCGUUUAAGCCGCCUAAGAGUAAUGUUGAUCUACUCAAGGACAUUGUGCCGGGGUUCGAGGGAAGGGGGUAUAAUGGUGGCGGAAGGGUGAAGAGUGAAGCUGCACCCUCGCUUCGGAAUGUAAUCGUCAUUAACAACUCGGCCGGCCGUAUCUCAAAUGAUAUAUUCUCGCACUUCUCGUCCUACCACGAUAUAUUUCAAUCCGUAUCCUCGAACCCACCGGCACUGGAUAUCGAUGUAAAACCAGAUGAUAUUUGUAAUAUCCAACUCACUAGCGGGACCACAUCAAUGCCAAAAGCUGCAUCAUUAACACAUAUUAACAUCCUAAAUAAUGGGAAGUUUAUUGGCGAUAGGAUGGGACUGACAGAGGAUGAUGUGGUGGUUUGUCCGCCACCAUUGUUUCAUUGUUUUGGCUGCGUCCUUGGAUACUCAGCUUGCAUGACCCACGGUUCCACGAUAGUCUUCCCGUCAGAAGCAUUCGAUCCCAGAAAGGCUUUGGAAUCUGUACAAGUCGAGCGAGCAACAGCACUAUACGGCGUCCCAACAAUGUACAUUGCCUACCUAGAGCUACUGAAACAUGGCAAAGUAGAUAGAAAAGGGUUCGAGAGAUUACGGACAGGUAUUGCAGCUGGAUCAACUGUUCCAAUCGAGUUAAUGAAAAAAUUGCAUCGGGACCUGAAUUUAACAGAUCUGACUAUUUGUUACGGUAUGACGGAGACUUCGCCGGUUUCUGCUAUGACUUUCCCGGAUGAUCCAAUCGACAAGCGAACAAGCACUGUUGGUAGGGUUAUGCCACAUACACAAGCAAAGAUUGUGGAUAUCCAUGACCGAACUAAGAUAUUGCCUAUCGGCGAGAGAGGCGAGUUGGCUACAGCAGGUUAUCUGCUACAAAAGUUCUAUUGGGGUGACCCAGAAAGGACAGCAGAAGUCAUGAUUGAAGACGAUGAAGGUGUCAGGUGGAUGUAUACAGGUGACGAAGCAGAAAUGGACGAAGAAGGGUAUAUUAAAAUUACAGGCAGGAUUAAAGAUUUAAUUAUUCGCGGCGGAGAGAAUAUCCACCCACUAGAUAUCGAGAACGUCUUAUUCGAACACCCCGCUGUUGCAGAAGUUUCGGUUGUAGGGGUGCCAGACGAGAAAUAUGGAGAGUGUGUGGCAGCGUUUAUUGGACCAAGCGAGGGGAUGAGUAUCAGUAAAGAUGAAGCUAGGGAGUGGGUUAGGGGUAAGCUAGCUAGACAUCUGGUGCCUAGAUACAUCUUCUGGAUCGAAGAUUUGGAAGGAGGAGUUCUGCCAAAGACGGCUAGUGGGAAGAUUCAGAAAUUUAAGUUAGUCGAAGAGGGGAAGCGGAUGUUGGAGGAGGAGGGCCGGGUCGAUUAG